AUGCAGUUCACCACCGUCUUCAUGAGCGCCGUUGCUAUCUUCGGCUCUGUUGCCUUGGCUGUUCCCUCCGAGAACAUCCAGGCCCGCUCCUCUUGCCAGGUCGGCGAUAUCUGGGGUGCCGGUGAUGCUGCGUGCAGCGCUUCUUGCAUUGCCCAGGGUGAGGGCUACCACGGCGGCCACUGCGACGACGACAGCAUCUGCGUCUGUAACUACUAA